AUGAGCUCCGAGCAGUUGGUGUACGACGUGGAGAAAGGCAGCAAAAUGGUCGCGGCGCACCCGUCGCGCCAAGAUAGCCACUGGAAGUGCCUGAGCAUCUGCUCUUUCCUGCUCCUCGUUGGGGCCGUCACUGUUUUCACUCUGCUGCAGUUUGGAGCGUUUGGGUCCUCAGCAGACCAGAACUCUAAAGAAAACGGGAACCCGUUCCCUGCUAGACUAUCAGAAUUUCAAAACUGCUUUGAGGAACAAACCCUGAUCCGACAACAAUUUCUCUUUGCAGAAGGAAUGCCCCAGACGCUGAGAGUGCGAGCGGCUGCAUCUGGGAAACCUGCUAUCCAUGCCAUCGCAUCCAGAUCUCACCUUGACAAUCUAAUCUGGAUUACUGGGUUGUUACCUGCCAUGGAUAGGAACAUGAAGCUCGACAAGACGGAGAACGCGCUCGUGGUGCCUUCCACUGGACUCUAUUUUGUCUACUCUCAGCUCUUGUUCCAUGGAGAAAACUGCAGAGAACACUCUGAAAGCCCUCUGCUGCUCACCCACACCAUCUCUAGUAAGUCCACAACGUUCGGACGGACCACGGUGGACUUGAUGAAGACAGUCAAAUCCGUCUGCGAGAGUGAAAACACCAGCCAAGGUCAUAACAAGCUCUGGUUCGAGUCCAUCUAUCAAGGAGGUGUUUUCCAGCUACAAGAAGGAGAUAAGCUGUUCUCAAACACAGAAUCCACCAAAUACCUGGACAGGGAUCGAGAAGGACAGCUGUAUUUUGGGGCCGUAGCCCUGGAUCUGUAUUAAAAGACCAUUUCAAUUCACACUUAACACAACCCACUUUCCUCUGACUCUCGUCCCACCAUUCAAAAUGCAAGCCAUCUUUGUACCCUCAUUUCUCCAGCACGUGACUGUUCCCUGAGGCUGUGGAGGAACUUCUCAGAGGUUGCAGAAAAACCAACAGAAAUGAGGGUGGAGGAUGAAAUCCUUUUUCUAAGCGUGACAAUUUCCACAUGGCAACCAAAGAGACAAAACUGUGUGUGGUAUGAGAGGACUUGAUGAUCAAGAGUGAUUAUUGUCUUUUGAAAUUAUUAAUAAU